CCGAGUGGAGACGGUACGGCUAUGGGUAUCUGUUUGAGAGUAUGGCGAAUGGGAACGUAUUGGUGUGAGGGAGAGACAGAGACAGGGACAGGGACAGAGACAGGGACAGGGACAGGGAGAGGUGAAAGUGUUGAUUAAAAGCAAACACGGAUACUGUACUUUUUAGAAAUAUGUAUUUUUUCUUUCUUUAAUAACUCAACGCGAGACCUGUUUUUGGUUUCCUAGUAUUACAAGGGCCGUGCUCGGUUAAGCACGUUUUGUUUUCAUUUAGACAAGCUAGGUUAAUGAAAAAGUGCAAGUUAUUAGAUAUCUUUCUGCUCCUUGGAGCGUAUUUGGACGUUACACUCGACUAAUAUUUAUUAGUGGUCAUGUGAGCCAUUAAUGUAAGAAAGUCCUUUUUGUUGACAUAUAUGCGUUACACAGUAGAUGUAUUUUGCAGGGGUAAAAUAAUAUGUACGAUUUUUUUUUAAAUACUUUUUAGAAGUUUAUUUUAGAUUUUAUUAUUAAAGACAGUUGGUUAUUUUUUGUUAUUAUCUUUAUUAUUUUUCCCGUGUAAUUCUGUUGUUUUUUUGUUUUUUUUUCGGAAACAAUGCGCGAGUAUAAAGUGGUGGUGCUGGGGAGCGGCGGGGUCGGGAAAUCCGCUUUGACUGUGCAGUUCGUGACUGGGACCUUUAUCGAGAAAUACGACCCGACCAUCGAGGAUUUCUACCGCAAGGAAAUCGAGGUCGAUUCGUCGCCUUCUGUCUUGGAGAUUCUAGACACAGCUGGCACAGAGCAGUUCGCCUCCAUGAGGGACCUCUACAUCAAAAACGGACAGGGCUUCAUCCUGGUCUACAGUCUGGUCAACCAGCAGAGUUUCCAAGAUAUCAAACCUAUGAGGGACCAGAUCAUCCGAGUAAAAAGGUAUGAGAAGGUGCCAGUGAUUCUGGUUGGAAACAAGGUGGACUUGGAGAGUGAGCGGGAGGUGUCUUCAGGUGAGGGUCAGUCACUGGCAGAGGAGUGGGGCUGUCCUUUCAUGGAGACCUCAGCCAAGAGCAAAACCAUGGUGGAUGAAGUGUUUGCUGAGAUUGUGCGGCAGAUGGACUACGCGUCCCAACCUGACAAGGACGACCCUUGCUGCUCCUGCAAUAUACAAUAGCAAGGAGUGGAAUGUCUGCGAUUUGAAGUGUAUUAACUAGUCCUAUAAGUGGCACCAGAACAAAAAGAAUCACUGAACAGCUGACAGAAAUAAUCUGUGAAGCUCUCAGUUGUACAGACACAGAGAACUUGUGGAAUCCUGACAAAAUCCAUUCCAACAGUCACAGCAAGUGGGGUGAAAAAAUGAAAACUGAUGGCUUGCAGGAUGAAAAAGACUUCAACUAAAAUAAACAUCACACGGCGCACAAACGAUUUGAGCCUCUUUCAGUUCAGGACUGUUGGCCAUGCCUUAUGGUGCUCAGACUUUACAGUGACAUGGAAGCUGAUUCCUACUGAAACAGCCCAAGCAGGAGGAGAGUUGUCACUGUGGUCCAGGUUUUUAAACAUUUGAUGAGGAAUUGAAUAGUGUACCAGGUUCCUCUGCAUAGGAAGGACAAGCCAUGUAAAGCUUUGGAAAGCUUUUUAGUCACCUGUAGAGGAACAGCGAAGCUGACUGAGCGGAUCCCUGGAUUUCAUGAACACAAGGAUGAUGUUGUUGCCACGGUGCUCAGAUUCUGAAAGCAGCUGCUCGUCCUCCUGUCUCUUGCUGCUGCUGCUUUAUGUGUUCGCUGAAGAAAUGACAAACACAGGGCUUCUUUAGAAAGCAGGAAUUGGUGUUUUUUAUUUUAUUUAUUUCUUCACACUACAUCUGAUAUUAUUACAAUUAGACAUCUGAAAAACAUGCUGUUCAUUUUUACCAUGUUGACAGGAAGAGAAACUUAGUUAAUUUCCUUUAAUGAAACAAGCUGUAAAAAAAUAAUAAUAAAAUCCAUAUUUCCAUUUCUUUUAAGGGCUGAGGUUUUUUUGUUUAAGUAAUGGAGUAAACAGAAUCCCUGAAACUCCUCUUUUGAUUAUUCUGACAAUGAAAGAAAAAAAUAAUAUAAGGAAUUAUCAGAAUUGUAUCUGGAGAGGCAGGAAAAGUGAACUGCUCAGAAUUUAGUCAUAUGCAACCCAUCCAAUGAGUUUUCUUCAGAUUCAUUUUCUCGUUUUUCGGGGAGUGGGGCUUCAAAAUGGCUGUAAAUAUUUUUUUAAUAAAAGGUGCUCAUUCAUCAAAAGACAAUUUGUGCAAUUCUCUGUAUGGUCAACCAUAUGCAUAGCUAGUUACAAUAAAUAAAUAAAUAAAUAUUACAAAUAAGGACACCCAUGCAGGGUCCUUAUCGAAAAACUCAAGCUCGGAGGCUGUUCAAAAAAGUUUUCUUCGAAACAAAAAAAAAAAACAUUGUCUUCUUUACUACUUUAGUUUUGUUUUUUUGUUUCUUUAACUCUUCAUUUCUGACUGCUGCUUUCUUUUAAACUGUACAGUACAAUGACUUGAGAAAUUCUACAGUACCAACAGUUCCUGACAAGUCACCAAGAAACCGUGGCCUUAAUGUUAAGAUUGUUUGUGUUGUACAGUAAUAAGAAAGCAUUUCAUCUGAAGCUAAACUUGUUAUUUUGCAAGAAUUGUAUGGAACUCUUACUAAUGUUGCAUUUAUUUAUUUAUUUUCUUUACUUUCUUGAGUUACUUACACUUUUAAAUCACAAUGUGAACUGUUCAAUUAAUUGGCGUCAAAUUAAAGCAGUUGAACAAUCACAAUAAUUAUGUCUGUAAAAUAAAUAAAAAAAUUCCAAUUCUUUCAAAGGAAUUGAAAUUGAUUUAAUAAAUUGGCCCCAACCCCGAUGUGAACACAGGAAUUUAGGUUAAAACAAGUCAUUCUUAUGUUUUGGGUAAGUUUUUAUUAAACUUGAAAUCCUACAUCAAACUGGAUUAUAAUGCAUAGUUUCCAUAACUGUGGAACAAUUUGAAAUGCUUUAACUUGAUGCCCCGAUGCUGUCCAUUGAUCACUGUUUUCAGUUUCACGAAUGUACAUGCAGCAAUAUAAAUCAGAGUAAGCAUUUUGAUUCCAAAUUUAAAGGCGUAAUUGAAAAGGGUUCCUUAUGUCAUUGGCAAAUCACAGUGAUAUAUAAAGACUGAAUUCAUAUUAAUAAUAAAACUAACAAAGAGCCAAAUUCAA